CCUCCCUGGGAGGCGGCACUUCACCCCUUCAACCUCGCUUACACUUCUUCAAUACUCCUCGCUAUGCCUCUGGCAUUUGGGGGAGCUCUUCAAUCCCUUAACGGGAGCACGGCGGCUGACGCGCUGAGACCUGAGGAGGCGUGGCUCCGCACCGGAAAAACCUCCGGUUGCCCGGGGAACGCCACGCACCACGGCGCCUGACCCGCCACUGAUGCUUGGGCUGAGCCAGAGGCUACCCCUUCACCCAACUUGCGGAGGCGGCUUUGCUCAGGCCCAGGAAUCCUUCCUGUGGAGGCCUAGAGAGGAAGGCUGAGGGACGCCCGCACCAUAUUCCCAUUGCAGAGAGGGAUACGAGCGAGUGCGUCCAUUCCUGUUCUUCAGCAGCUCCCGGGCCCGCAGGACUAAUCUCAAAGACCAGCUGGUUUGUAAAUACUUGACUCACAUUAUGGGAUUGCUAGACAGACUUUCAGGCUUGCUUGGCCUGAGGAAGAAGGAGGUUCAUGUUUUGUGCCUUGGGCUGGAUAAUAGUGGCAAAACAACAAUCAUUAAUAAACUUAAACCUUCAAACGCUCAAUCUCAAGAUAUAGUUCCAACAAUAGGAUUCAGCAUAGAGAAAUUCAAAUCGUCCAGUUUGUCUUUUACAGUGUUUGAUAUGUCAGGUCAAGGAAGAUACAGAAAUCUCUGGGAACACUAUUAUAAAGAAGGACAAGCCAUUAUUUUUGUCAUUGAUAGUAGUGAUAGAUUAAGAAUGGUUGUGGCCAAAGAAGAACUUGAUACUCUUCUGAAUCAUCCAGAUAUUAAGCACCGCCGAAUACCAAUUUUAUUCUUUGCAAACAAAAUGGAUCUUAGAGAUGCAGUGACAUCUGUAAAAGUGUCUCAGUUGCUGUGUUUAGAGAACAUCAAAGAUAAACCAUGGCAUAUUUGUGCUACUGAUGCCAUAAAAGGAGAAGGAUUGCAAGAAGGUGUAGACUGGCUUCAAGAUCAGAUCCAGGCUGUGAAGACAUGAAAAGAUAGUAUUCGGAAACCUCAACAAUUUUCAAUUCAAGGCAUAUAUAUUAAGGCAAACUGAAUACUUUAAAUGUUUUGAAAGUUUUUACAUCUAAGAAUACUUGAUAAUCUUCUGCUUGCAUUUAUGGACUCUGAAUGAGGUUUUUAAGAACAUAAGACUUCAGGUAUGCUAAUCUGGCCAUUAAUUAUAUAAAAACUAAAUGUUUCCUGAAGGGCUCCCUCCCCAGAAUUAUCAACUUCUUGAAAGGUCUACAUUUGAUUGUAAUUAGAAUGUGUAAAGUCAGAGUUAUCUCAGUAUCUCAUCUUGAUUUAUGAUAUCUUUAAUGCAUUUUAUUUUUUUAAUUGUCUUCUAAAAACUUAGCUUAUGAUAUGACUUUGUAGUAUGAUUAUGCUUGUGAAAAAGAACUUUUAAAUAUUUAUAAGGGACCAUGGGUAAUUAAUAUAUAUUAAAGUUUUGCUAUAUGUCACCAUCAAUAAAACAUAAAAUGUAAUAUACAAACUAGUGUGCUUUAUAUGCUGAAAAGAAUAAUGCUGUGUUAAUAUGGUGUUUGGUGUUUUACUGUCAAACAUUUGUAAAUUACCUGAGACCAAGUUAAGCUGAAUUUAUUUAUUCAGUGAAUAAAACACUGAAUAAAUAAAUGAAACAUCUCUGUACCUAUACUAGUUUGGCAUUGUCCUAGGCAAUGGUGAUACAAGGUAAACAAAACAUAUUCCUUAUCCUCAGAGAACUUAAAAUUUAAUGAGGGAGAAUUUGAGAAUCUUUUCAUACAGAGUAUCUAAUUUUAUUUCAUUGGCUGACUGAAAAUAUUGCAUUUUAAUAUUAAGAGGUAUAAAAAUGAAUUAAUGUGAUUCUUCAUAAUUAUUACAACUGACUUAUUCUUUCUUCCUUUAAAAUAUCUCCAGUUUACUGCAGUACUUUGUUAAAAUAGACUGUGACUCACCAACUGUGUUUUUCCUGGGCAUAAACUGCUACAAAAAUGUUUUUUAGAAUUUUAAACAUAUCUCUGCCAUCUACUGUAUGCAAAUUGUGUUACUUCUCACAACUUAGAGACUGCUUAUAAUUGUAAACUCUAAAUAGAAGCUUUCAUUUUUAAUUAAUCACUGGGAAACAGUGGAUAGAGCAAUGGUGUAAAUCCUGAAAAAUAUUACAUAUAAAGAAAAACUGUAAUAUAUAAUGUGUAACAUCAUAAAUAUCCUUAGGUGUGAAAAUGAUAAAAACAGAAGACAAAAGGUAAGUGAGUAAUAAAGAUGUAUUAUGAUAACUACAGUAGUGGUAUGUUUCACAGAGAUUUGAAUAAAAUAUUUUUAAAACUUCAGUAAAAGUUCUAUAAUUCAGUUUCUCUUAGUCCAGAAAUCCCAGUGCUUUCGAAUUUGGCACAUUGAAAGUCAUCCAGAAUAUUCCAGUGAUCCAGCAUUUUAGCUAGCUUGCCAGCCUCUCAUAAAUUGUUUUGAAGAAGAUACAAAGUAAGUCUCAUUAAUCUAGAGGUGCCUCAAAUAUAAAAAAGACAUGAAGAUGAAAACACUGUAAUUCAACAAAAAAACCCUAAUAUGCUAUAACUAUUUUAGGAGGAUGGAGAAAGGGGUGUUUUAAGAGAAUUCAAAUCCUCAUCUACCGUAAGGUAACAAUAACAAUAAUAAAAGCUAUCACUAUAUUUUGAGCAAGAUAUUAUUACAUGUAUGGGAUUUUGCAUCAUAUAAUCCUCAUAAUAGCCUUAUGUAGUAAUUCUAGUGUUUGUUUUAUAGACAAGGAAACUGAGGCCUAAAAAAGGUUGUUUAUGGUCACAGAGCUAGUAAAUGGUGGUGCUGGGAUUCAGAACCAAACAGUCUGUUUAAAAUGGAUGAUUCAAGAGCUAAGAGUAUUACUGAUUUUAGAAAUAUAGAGAUAUCUGCCAUAAGAAUAGCUAAAAGGAUGGGAAAAAUCUCUCACUGGGGUGGGAGACCAGGAUUGGGGUGCUGGAGGUCAGGGACAAGGGACUACUGUUUUUUUCUUUUUGCUUGUUUUAAGUCUAUUAACACUUCAAACUUUAAACUCUGGACAAGAUGACUAUGAUAAAAAUAAUUCUUGAAAUUAUGUUGAUUUGUUGAUUCUAAAUUAGUAUUCCACAAACUACAGUAAUUUACACCUAUGCAAAUAUGUAGAAGAGAGUACUAAAUGCUUCCUUUGUUUUCAUGAUCUCCAGAUCUAGUUUAUAGUCUAUAAACAUCCAUUCAUACUCUACAUUUUCAUGUAAAGAUUAUGUAGAAGCAAGUUGGGCUACAGUGGUCACAGCAUGCCAUGUGUGCAUACACUGAGGUUAUUGCAUUUGUAUUUAACAUAUUAUGCAAUUAAAAUUUAUUGCAUUAAAGCUCAAGCAAGUGUUUUUUUAUGUUUAGACAUCACUGUGUUAACAAAGUUUAAUUCAUUAAGCUCCACAUUUCAAUGUGACACCUCAUAAAAUGUUCAAAAGUUAGCCUAUUGUAUGUUUUGCAUUUAAAUAUUUAUAAUGUGGCCCUAUUCAGCCUGUGCCUUAUAAAUCACAGAAGAGCUGAGUUGUAUGUAUUUUUCAUUUAUAGGUCGUCUGCUAAAAAUCAUGAAUUGCCUUCUGAUUACUUAUUUUUUUCCCACCAUAUUGUGAUUUCCAUAAAUAUAUGUAGUUACUCUAGAGAAAACUUAAGGCAAAUACAUCCUGCAUAUAGCUCUGGUACAUUAAAAUACUGUAGCAUUUUAACUGAUUUGCUUUCUGAUUUUUCCUUCUUGCUUCUUAGUUAAAAAAUAAAUAAAACCAAUAUUAAAUGCUCACUUAAAUGGAUGUUAAAAUAGGUUUGUUCAUUUCUGUGACUGGAAGGAAAUACUUUGAGAAAUGGUUAUUGUGUUUAAUUAAAUGUUUCAAGUAACUUAUUUAUUACAUUUUUAUUGUGAAUCUUUCUCAUUAAGGAUGUUCCUUCUGGGGUUUACAAGGAACUGCCUCAGGACCAUUACUGAUUCUUCCCUCUGAUCAUUCGAUUUUAAUGCCACACUUGGCAGCUUCAUGAACAUAUAGUAUUAAGCUUUUCUCUGGUGAUUUAGAAUAAACCAAAAAGGACAAAUUUAAUUCUUCACCAAAUUUCAAGUCACCAAGUAAUGCUAGAAGUCAUAGAGGAAUAGGAGGUACUUUGAAAAUAAAAUUUGGUUAGAAAUAUAGUAGAAAUAAUAAACAUUUUUGUGGGUUUUACUAUGUGCCAGGUACUUUCUAAGCAUUUUAUUUAUGUAUAUUACUUCAUCUAAUAACAUAAUAUGUAUAAAAUGGAUAACUAAUAAGAACCUGCUGUAUAAAAAAAUAAAUAAAAUUCAAAAAAAUCAUCAUAACAAUUCUAAG